UUUUUUUCUUUUCUUUUUGGUCGCUUCUCUCUCUCUCUCUCUCUCUCUCUUUUCUCUUUUUCUCCCUUUCUAUAACUCGACUAUAUACUCCUCAUUGCCAGGCUUGUUCCUAUACACUGCUCUGCUUUUGUCGCAUCUAUUUGAAACCUGCAUAUCAUUAUUUUAUAUUACUUUUUUAUUUUUGGUCUCUCAUUUCAACCCAUUUUUUUUCAUUUGAUUCAGGCAUCUCAUUCAUCCCUCAUUCACCAUCCCUCACCCUCACCUGUAUUUCCUAUAAACUAUUCGUAUAAAUAUCAAACCAGACCUUUUCGAGCGCAGAAAUAGAAACCAAAGCAUUACUCUUGGUUUUCUAAUGCAGAUUCCGGCCUCUUUAUCUCGCUCCACAUCUUCAUCGAACAUGUACCAGCGCAGCCUCCAGGCGUUGUUUGUCGGUGCUGCCAUCGCUGUGGUGGUACUCGCGACUCUAAAACAAAUCUUCGAUCCUGCGGAUAGGACACGAUGUGAGAGUCUUUUGAAUCAUGGAUCAUGGUUGGACAUAGAGGGCACCCAGUGGCAACCAAAGGGAUGUAUGCUCAGGACAUAUAAUCCACAAUAUACAACAUCAUGUAUUGGUGGGUCAAGAGUUGUCAUGAUCGGAGACUCAGUUUCACGCCAGCUAUACUAUUCGCUUGUCAAAAAAGUCAUUCCAGAUGCCAGCACAGAUGGUGACCGCCAUUCUGACAUAUUUAAUCGGGACCCAGAGUCAGGAACAACGUUUGAAUUUUACUGGGACCCCGUUUUGAACUCCACUAAAACCAUGGCCCUAUUAACUGCCUCUGAGGAUCGAGUAAUGAGAAGCGAAGAAAAAACGCCAUCCAUAUUUCUAGUCGGCACGGGACUCUGGUUCUUACGGUAUGCAGAAUGGUCAGGAGGUAUUGAUCAGUGGCAACACAUCAUGGAACGGCUAAUUCUUCAGAUGGGCAGUCCUCGACUGGAACCAUUAGCACAGCAUCUAUUCAUUUCACCUAUUCCCUCUGUCAACACUGAAAAGCUCUCAGAAGAGAGGCUCAGAACCCUACUGCCUGAUGAAAUCAACAAAAUGAAUACUUUCCUCAAAGACGCUACACGCGGGAGCUCAAUCACCGUUCCUUUCGCAUGGACAAAAAUGACCAAAACUGCCGCAAGCGAAACUAAAGACGGAUUACACUAUGCAGACCGGAUAAUGGCUGUAGAGGCCGACAUCCUACUUAAUUAUAUUUGUAACAAUAAGCUGCCAAAAACUCCACCGAUGAGCACAACGUGCUGCUUCGACUAUCCCAGCAACUAUUGGUUCCAGACUCUAAUGUUGGGUAUCUUUUUGGUGUGGCUGCCGCUUGGACUUGUUGUGCAGACAUACUAUCGACAUCAUGCCGCAUCAUCCUUCUUCCCAAGUCUUACAGUUUUGCGCUCUUUUGCCGUGGUCGCUGGUGCAGUUGUCUAUAUGUACUAUGCAGAUCGCACUAGUUUAUUUGCAAAGGGAAAUAAGUUCUUUUCCUGGUCAACUUUUAUAUCUCUCAUCUUCCUUUGUAUUGUGGCUGGCUCCAUGACAUUGAAGAGGGCAGAAAAGGACCAGGUAUUUUUGAACAGAGAUCAAACAGACGAGUGGAAAGGCUGGAUGCAAAUUGUCAUUCUUAUUUAUCACUAUGUUGCAGCCUCAAGUGUCUCAUCCAUCUACAACCCCAUUCGAAUGCUUGUGGCCAGUUAUCUGUUCAUGACUGGAUUUGGUCACUUUGUCUUUUACUACAAGAAGGCUGACUUCGGGUUCAACCGCGUAGCCUCGAUCCUCGUCCGAUUGAACCUGCUUACUGUCUUAUUGACAUAUACUAUGAAUACAACCUAUCUCGCCUACUACUUUGCUCCGCUGGUUUCGUUCUUCUACCUGACCAUUUACGUCAUGAUGUAUAUUGGUCAUACCCACAACCAUAACCCAGUUUUCAUCAUUAGCAAGGUCUUGAUAACUGCUAUAAUCACCACCACCAUCAUCCGGGUCCCUUUCUUCCUGGAUACAGCAUUUACCGUCUUGCGGUUCUUCUUCGGUAUUUCCUGGUCAGCAACCGAGUGGCGAUUCCGGCUACAUCUGGACGUCUGGAUUGUCUUUAUUGGUGCGCUCUUUGCAUAUGGAUUUAUCAAAGCACAAGAAAUUUCUAUUACCACACAUCCUCAUUGGGACACCAUUCGACGAGCAUCCAUUAUAGCCUCUGUCAUCGGACUGGUUGGAUACUUCAUCUUUGAGAUAUCCAUGCAAAAGUUUGAAUAUAAUCUUUGGCAUCCUUAUAUUUCUUGGAUUCCAAUCAUAUCGUUCGUCAUCCUUCGCAAUAGCACCGCAGUACUAAGGAAUACAACCUCAACUUUUUACUCGUUUGUUGGCAAAUGCUCUUUGGAGACAUUCAUCUGUCAAUUUCAUAUGUGGCUUGCAGGCGAUACCAAAGGUAUUCUGGUCAUCUCGCCUUGGGCGGAGGGCCCAGGAGCAUGGUCAUUCAAUUUGGCGCUUUCAUCGUUCCUUUUUUUAAUGGUUGCACAUGUGCUAAGUGGGGCAACAGGCGAACUCUCAGACUGGCUGGUUACAGGACGAGAGCCAAAGCCCAAAGUCAACACGGCGAUACCAACAGUCAUCACAACAGCAGAACGUAUGCCCAUUAGUGCAAAGGAGAGGGAAGGGGGGUCGGUGUUACCCAUCACUGUCAAGCGACAAUCGGUCAUGGUUUCGCCUAUUGCGGCUUCAGCAGGCGUUGCAGGACCUGCUACUCUCAAGAAUCUAAUGGAGGCCAGUCUAGCAAGGGAAGUGGCUAAUGGUAAGCCUAGUGAGUCUGGAGCAACAGGCCAACAGGACGAGGCCCUGACACACCUUAAUCAUCCAAAAACUACGGAUUCAGCAGGAAGAGAAAAAAGUGGAACAGCAACGAAUGGAGGAGAGAAGAAAGAAGGUGUUGUUCUGCAAAUCGAUACUAGAAACACAAACUCGCUACGCUCUGGAGGUGCCGUGUCUUCUGCGCUGUCACCAACUUCGAUUACAUUCAAGAGUCUGUGGGCAAAGCCCGUGUGGAAAGUGGGCAUCUUUUUAGGAAUCAUCUGGGUACUUAAUUACGGAUCAACAUGGCGCUCCAAUACACCCAGUUAGUGCUAAAUUGCGACAAAGUAAAUGAAAAGAUCAUAGAUAUUUUCAUUGCGUGCCAGUGUUGUCCUGCUGAUGCGAUAAAAGGCAAUAUAUUAU